UGGCUGUACGAACAUGUUAAAUUUAUGUUUGUUCUGGAUUUCUUGGUUAUUGUUUUUGUAGUGUAAUAAACUAAUAUAUCUUGUAAACUUAAGUGUUUGUUACAUCUAAAGUUAAAAUUUCAUGCUUUAUUAUAUAUGUACUUAUAUACGCUUUUUUGAAAUUUUACAAACGUAAAACAAACUGAAGAUAAGGAAGAAGUACUGGAGUGGAGUACAGAAUUAAAUUUAAAAUGUCUUCUCAGAAGUUUGAAAAUCUUGAAGACGACUUCAAAAGUCUUAUAAGCGAAGUUAAUCGUAAAGUUGACAGGUCUCUUAAUCGUGUAUUGGGUGAGCAGAAGAAAUCACUGUUAAGAGAAAUACAGAGAGACUUGGACGAAUUAAGAACAUUAUUAGAUGAAUUAGAAAGUGAAGCAAAAACAGCCCCAAAUCCGUAUAGAAUACAGAUGAUGGCUUGUGUCCGACAGUAUAAACAAGACUUGGAGCAAAUAAAUAAAAAAUGUAUUGGAGUAGGAGGAGGUGCUGCAAUUCGUCAGGAACUGUUUGGAACACAUAAUGUAGGAUCAAAUAGUGCAAGUCAAGGAAUUGGUUUUGAACCCUCUGGUACUCGUACCAAGCUUUUGCAAAUGAAUGAAACAAUUGGUCGAACAACUGAAAGUUUGUCAAGAACUCAUCAAGUUGCAGCAGAAACUGAUCAGGUAGCGGUAGAAGUUGUAGAAGAGUUAGGGACUCAAAGAGAAACACUUCUCAGGACCAAAGAGCGUUUGGUAGACACUGAUGAAAAUCUCACUCGUAGUCGAAAGAUUAUACGUUCUAUGUACAGAAGAGUCAUUACAAAUAAAGUUCUUCUUAUUGUGAUAAUUUUUAUGGAACUGGGAAUUAUUGGUAUUGAAGCAUAUUUCAAAUGGGGUAGAAAGCAUGGUAAAAAUUAAAGAACUGAAAUAUUCUCAAUGUUUGAUUUAAUAUUCCUUUUUUUAAUGCUAUUACUCAUUUCGGUAACAGAAGGAAUGUAUUUAAUUACAUGACAGACUUUUGAUAAUAAGAAAUAUGAUAGUACUAGUAGAAAAAACUAAAACAUUUAUAUGUAUAGGUUUAAAUAUGUAACAUUUCUGUUGGUGUCUUAAAGUUAAAUGUAUAUUAAUUUUGUGGAAUAUGAUGGUUGAAUUCAAUGGAUAUUAGUUCUUGUAUGACAGCUAGACAUAAUUUAAAAAAUACUGCAUUAUUGUGUUCUUUUUUAAUUUGAUAUGAAUCUUGCCUAUCGUUUAAUGAACAGUGUUCUUGAGAGAAUGUAGUGAACAUUAUGUAUUAUACUGGUAUAUUUUCCGUUGAGCCUAAUACAUUUACCAUAUUUGAAAAGUUAAAUAAUUUAAUGAAAAGACUGUUAAAGUGUAUUGAAAUAUCUAAAAAUGAAAACUUGGUACCCAUGAAAAAUUGAAGGAUUAACAUCGAGUUAUUUCAUAUGUGAAAUAGCUUUGUAUCGGAGUUCCCAAUCUGGUUAUUUUUAUUAGUACAUCUAUGUCACUUACAACAUGGAACUUUCUGGUUCAUUCAAAUAAUUCCAAUACAUCAUGUAAAAACUUGAUUUGAAAUGCACUGAUCAGUGAAUUUUUUUUAUUUGAAGGUAUAGAAUAAACUAUUGAAAUGUGUAAGUUAUUAGUACUAUUUACUAUUUUAAGAACAUUAGUUUUGACAUUUAGUAAUUCACAUAAAAUUUCAGUUUCAUGUUUUUUGAAAAUUUAAAAGUGUACUUGUAUAGUGUUAAAACAUCAUAUUCAAAUAAAACAAAUAUUUUGGAAAGAUUGAAGUUAUUUUCAACAAUAUUUGUACACUUCUUUCAAGGUAUUAGAAUGAAUUAGAAAAUAUAACUUUUAACUGAAGUGAUCAAUUUAUAAAAGUUAGUCAAUUUAAGACCAUGAGAGUUGAGGAGAGCUGGCUACUAAACAUUUUAAACUAGUUCUUAACCAUGGCUUGACUCGUUCUUUAUGUGAUAUCUCACAGAGACCUUAGGCCACCAGAAGCAACUGAAAUGCUCUGUACCUAAAAAGAGUGAUUGAUUGUAAUUAUGUAAUUAGAUUCUUAGUACCAUAGCGUUAGCCACUACAUCAUUAAACUUGUAGCUAUCAGUGUUAUGUUUUAAUAAUGUAUUUCAUCCUAACAUGGUACUGCCAAGAAUUAAUCACAUUUGAUGAUGAAUAUGUUACACAGCUUAUUGAAGCAGAACAGUUAUUAGUGUAGAGAUAAAAGAAAGAGUAUUUGAGAAACUGAAGCUUUUUAAAUUCUAAAUACUGUAUUUUUUAAGCUUUAGUGAAAUAAAUAAUUAAAAUUCAA